AUGGUGGCGUCUCGCAGCCUCCUCGUCUGCGGCCUCCUCGCCGCCGCGAGCGGCUUCGUCGUCCCAGCAGCACACCGUCGCCACGCGCCGCGCCUCCGCGCGGCGGCCAAGGACGACGGCGGCCUCGGCCAGGCCAUCGACGCCGCGGCGUCGGAGAUGGCGUCGGCGCCGGCCAUCGCGGCGGCGACGCUGCCCGCGAACCGGCGGUCCCUCGCGCUCUGGCGCGUGGGCUGGUGCUCCUGGUGGAGCCAGGUCAUCCUCAGCGUCAUCUCGGCCGUCGUCCUCGUCUUCGCGCGCGUGUCGACGCCCGCGACGGCGAACAGCGUCGCGGGCGCGCUCGGCAACGGCUUCCUCUUCGCGAGCCUCGGCGCGGGCUUCGCCUUCGCGUCCGCCUACGACCCCUACGAGGAGAACCUGUGGCUCGACGACGGCGACGAGGAGGCCCUCACCUUCGGCAACGAGCAGCUGACGCUGUCCGGCGAGGGCAACGCCUUCGGCGACUCCACCGUCGCGGACGUCGCCGACGACUACCGGUUCCCGAUAUCCUACGUCGCCGACGCGAUCCUGGGCUUCGGCAUCCCGCCGCCGAUCCGCGACGACGCGCGCAUUGCCGACAUCUUGGACGCGGACCAGGCCUUCGCGCUCCUCGAGGCCGUGACGUCGCUCGACGCCGCCGAGGUCGAGGACGCGUACGUCGCCUUCGACCUCGCCCGGGUCGCCGGCCUGCUCGAGGCGCCGCUGGCCGAGGUCUUCGCCGCGUGCGUCGACGAGGGCUUCGGGCUCCCCCACGGCGUCGAGACGCAGCUGCGGCGCGAGCAGUACGAGGCGCUGCGGAGCCGCUUCGGCUUCGCGGCCUACGCGCCGGACCCGCUCGACAAGGUCUACGAGGACUUCGGCUUCAAGCCCCUCGACGAGACCGCGGAGCCCCUGGACCCCGAGGCGCGGAAGAUGCCGGAGUACGUCCAGGACGCGGACCGGCCGACCUACCAGGACGGCGCGCCGGAGACGUACUGCGACAUGCGCUCGUGCGCGGGGUUCCCGGGCCAGUUGACGAACUCCUUGAGGCCGAGGCUCCGCGUGCCGUUGAGGUGCGCGAGCAUGCGCGCGCGCAGCAGCGUCACGAAGGCCGCCGUGGCGUCGCGGGCGCCGCCGCCAAAGCGCCAUGGCUUCGACGCGGGCGACGCGUCCUACGCGCUCGCGUCCUUCGGGGCCGUCGUGCGCCCCGUGUCGGCGACGAUGCUCGUCGCGUCCUUCUUCGUCGUGACCGUGCGCGUCGAGACGGGGUCGCUCGUGGUCUACGACGACGACCCGGCGGACAGCGGCCUGGAGCGCGUGGGCAAGGGCGCCGCGAACGCGGGCGUCGUCGUCUGCGCGCUCCUCGCGGCGACGCUCGCGGUGCUCGCACUCUACAAGUUCCGCUGCACGCGCAUCCUGCGGGGCUACAUGAUGCUGUCGAGCGGCCUGCUGCUCGGGCUGCUCGGGGGCGUGCUGGUCCUCGCGUCCCUCGAGGAGCUCGGCCUCGAGUUCGCGGAUCUGGCGUCGUUCGGCCUCUGCGCGUACAACGGCGCGGUGCUGGGCGUCCUGGCCAUCUACGAGCCGGCCUACCUGCGGUUCCCGAAGGCGGCGACGCAGGCCGCGCUCGUCGUCGUCGCCGUCGUCAUGGCCUGGCAGCUGAGCCACUACCCGCCGGUGACGUCGUGGUGCCUGCUCGUCGCGCUCGCGGCCUACGACGCCUUCGCGGUGCUGGCGCCCUGCGGCCCGCUCCGCUGGCUCGUCCAGCUCAUGGGCGAGACGGGCGAGCCCCUGCCGGGCCUCCUCUACGAGGCGGACCUCGACGGCGACGGCGACGGCGCCGGCGCCGGCGCCGGCGCGCCGUCGUCCGUGAAGCUGGGGCUCGGCGACUUCGUCUUCUACAGCGUCCUCGUGUCCAACGCCUUCUCGAGCCACGCCGCGAGCGGCGCGGCCUGCUUCGUCGCGACGCUCCUGGGCCUCGGCGUGACCUUUCUGCUCCUCGCGCUCCACCGCGCGCCGCUGCCCGCGCUGCCCGUGUCCAUCGCCGCGGGCGUCGCGUCCUACGUCCUCGUCGAGUACGCCGUGCUGCCCCUCGCGGGCGCGCUCCGGGCCGCGCGCGCGGUCGCGUAA